CUAUGGCUUCCUGGAUGGUUCUCAGAGGGCGGCAAAGUCCACCUGGUAGCCGUCCUGACAUGAGUGACUUGAGGAUUGUUCUGCUGGGGACGAAUGCUUCAGAAAACAGUCGAGUGGGAAACGUCCUGUUAGGAAGAGCAGCGUUUGAGACUGAAGAACCUCCAGAUGUUGUACAGAGAGUUGGAGGAAAACACAUGACAGUCAUCAACACUCCAAACAUCUCACUCCAUCAGAUGACACAGAGAGUGAGAGAGUGUGUGUCUCUGUCUGCUCCAGGACCUCAUGUGAUCCUUCUGGUACUGAAACAUGAUCAGUGUUCAAGAGAAGAGAAAGAGUGUGUGGAGAUGCUGCUCAACUCUUUCUCUCACACUGUUUAUCAACACACCAUGAUGAUCACCACACACGAGUCACACACUCAAGUCAAUGACAUUAUACAGGAAAUCAUUCACAAAUGCAACGACAGACACUUCAGACUGGAGAGAAACAGCACUCCUGCUCAACUGAUGGAGAAAUGUGAAGAGAUUGUACACAGUAAUGGAGGACAUCAUCUGAUCUGUACUGAAUGUGAGAGUGUGAAGCUGAAUGUGGUUGUGUGUGGCAGUGACAGACGAUUAAAAGCCUCCAUAUCAAAUCUGAUCCUGAAUGAGAGCGACAGAAGAUCAGAGUCCAGCUCAGAGUGUCACUUUCUCAGCUCUCAGAAGAGGAAGUGA